AAGCAGACCUGGGUAAAAGAGGCGGAUCAUCAUUUGUCACAUUCAUUUCUUCCAUAAAAUCAAAACUCUCCAAAAGCAGCAAUCAUGCCGAUGUGUGUUGUCCACACAAAUGUAGCCAGAAGUGAGGUGCCAGACGCAUUUCUGUCAGAGGCAACCGAAGAGCUGGCCAAAGCCAUGGGUAAACCUAUACAGUACAUCGCUGUGCAAGUCAACCCUGACCAAAUGAUGAUGUUCGGAAACAAAGGAGAUCCUUGUGCCCUCUGCUCACUGCACAGCAUUGGAAAAAUCAGUGGUGCUCAAAACAAGCAAUACUCCAAACUCCUAUGUGGGCUGCUCAAAAAACACCUGGGGGUCGCCCCUGAGAGGAUUUAUAUCAACUUUGUCGAUAUGGAUGCAGCCAACGUGGGCUGGAACAACACCACCUUUGGAUAAGAUAAGAAUCAAGACAGAAAAUAUCAUUCCAGUUUUGUAUGAUAAUUCAUACUGCUUAUAUUACAUGUUGGCAGAGUAUGUUUCACAAAACCUACAAACAAAUUCAAUUGCAGUCAUUAAGUUUAGGGAUAAGAAAUUAGUACUAGAAAAGUAUCUGGAGUUUGUUGGUAAAAUUGCACUGACUAGAAUGAAUAAAACAAAUCCUGUAACUU